UGUGCACUACCGGCCACAGAACUAGCGCGUAUCAUCCAUAAACUUUAUGUGCAACAAGGUGGAUUCCUACUGCUAAUAAUAAGCAUAGAAUUUCUCUUAAUUAUUUUAAAGUGCAAUCUACUAAAGAAAAUGCAUUUAUCAUCUAUAUUGUGGAAAGUCAAGCUGCCAAAAGGGCACAUAUUUAGAGGGAAAUACCGUUUGGUAAAGAAAGUAACCCUCCCAGCACUUAGGAAAAUGAAGCAGGAACUGGAAAUUGAAGAAAAGAAUAUGUUCUACCUAAGGCAUCCAUACUUGACUGUUGAACAGUCAAUUGGACAUAUGCAUGAUUUGAAAGAGAACAAUCAAAUGACCAAAUUUAGACAAGCAAGGCUUCAAAAAUUCUGCAAGACUGUUACCUUAGCAGACCAUUUGAAUCACUUGAAAGUAAAAGAUGCAUGGGAAUGAAGAACAUGAUAUUGAAGAGGUACUUUGUUACAACAUAAUAAAAAUAGUUUAUUUAUGUGGUAUGAAAUAAAUACAAUAUUAAAUCAUAGUA